AUGAACGCGCUGGGGUACGAUGUUGUGGGCCUGGACUGGCUGCACGAUCCCAAGGAGGCGGUCAAGAUCGCAAGAGGCAGAGUCACCCUGCAAGGCAACGCCGACCCGGGCGUGCUCUACGGCGGCCGCGAAGCCAUCACGAAAGUGGUCGAGACCAUGGUCGAGGGCUUUGGGGGAGGCAAGCAACGAUGGAUCGUCAAUCUGGGACACGGCAUCACGCCGGGCGUCAAUCCCGAUGACUUGAAGUUCUUUUUCGAAGAGAUUCACCGGUGCACUGCAUGA